ACUUUAAAAAAAGUCGAAUAAAUUGAAUUGACAUGUCAGAUAGAGGUUGUAAACAAUAUUGCAAAAUUAAUAUAAAAUAUUACAAAGAUAAGAAACUUUGAAGUAUAAGUUAUCCUAAUGCCUGCUCAUCGUGAUGAAGAAGAAGACAAACCCUGCAGAGCAUGUUCAGACUUCAAGACUUGGACAAAACUGCAGAAUAAGUCAAAAAUUACUACGCCGAGUAAACCGCUACCUAAGCAAGCCAAGGAGUGUCCACUGGAUAAGGAUGAGCUGGGUAGGUCGACGUGGGGCUUUCUUCACUCCAUGGCUGCAUACUUUCCAGAUAAGCCAACCAAAGUUGAAUCUGAUAACAUGACUAAGUUUUUCAAUAUAUUCGCUCAAUUCUACCCAUGUGAACCUUGCGCUCUAGACUUUCAAGAGGACAUUAAAAAGCAUCCACCAAAAACAAAAUCCAAAGACGAACUCGCAAAGUGGUUGUGUGAGAGACAUAACAUAGUGAAUGUUAAACUAGACAAGCCAGUGUUUGACUGCAGCAAAGUCCACGAGAGGUGGCGGGACGGCUGGCUGGAUGGUUCUUGUGAUUAGCUGUACAAUAUCGCAGUGAAAAUAUUGCCUAAUUAUUUUUUCUGACCACAUUAUUGCUCCAACUUUUUAAUAUACUCAAUUUGUACAAUCAAAGUUUUUAAAUUUUUAUUAUCAUUAAAACAAUUAAAUAAUCCAAUAUGCCUUUCUAAUAUUAUACACAUAGGUUGUAUUUUCACUGUGAAGCCUUACAUAUUUAAUAUUAAAGAUUAAGCAUUGUUUUAAUAUGAAGAUAUAACUAUUUUGUCUGUUUUAAUGCCACCUGUAGUUAAAAUGUGAUAAUAACAUUAGAAUUAUAAAUAUUUACAUAUUACAAGAACUAUUUUGAUUCUUUA